AUGGAGUGGUUGUGUGAACGUGCUAUUCUGAGUCCUAAGAACGACAAAGCUUCUGUCAUUAAUGACACUUUAUUGAAGGUGUUCGAAGGCGCAGAACUUCAAUACAACUCUGUGGACUCUGUAGUAAAUACGGAUGAUGCUGUUCAGUAUCCUGUGGAAUUCUUGAAUGCACUCAACCCACCUGGACUACCAACUCAUAAACUUGUCCUUAAAGUGGGUGCUCCAGUAAUGUUACUGCGUAAUCUGAACCCUCCCAAGUUGUACAACAGGACAAGGUUGCGUAUUAAAGCGUUACAUAACAAUGUGGUAGAGGCCAUUGUCCUUACUGGUUGUGCUAGAGGUGAAUCCAUGUAUAUACCACGCAUACCUCUAAAACCAUCUGACUACCCGUUUGAAUUUAAAAGGUUGCAGUUCCCCCUUAAGGUCUGUUUUUCAAUAACCAUUAGUAAAUCACAGGGUCAGUCAACGGUAGGGAUUGACCUAAGGGGGGACUGCUUCUCACACGGGCAGCUUUACGUGGCUUAUUCUAGAGUAAGUUCGCCGAGCAGAUUGGUCAUACUAGCACCUCAAGGCACAACCACUAAUGUAGUGUUGUAA